AGCGUGCCGUGGAUCGAGACGGUCCUCCCUUUCGGUCGGCGCGGGAACCCGUGCGCGUUUAUCAUCCAUCCGGUCGUAUCAUCAUCUACAAACGAAACACUUUUGAACAUCGAAUAGUAUUCUGGUUGCCCUCCACAGAGGAAUCCAGUGGCAUGGGUGAUGGUUCCAAGAUGACAAUGUGGCGGCUCGUGGCGGCAGUGGUAGUGUUGUGCGCGUACGCACACGUCGCCGCGGCCGACGCGCGCGCACCGCAGCCCACGCGCCCGCCGCGCUUGUGGCCCCGCGCAUCGCGCACUCUCUCAGAGCGCAAACCUAACCAGUUCGUUGGCCCACACGUGUGCAGAUCUCGUAACAGCACGCAUUGCUGUCCUGGAUGGACGUCCAGACCCAAUUCUUUACUUUGUAUAGUCCCUGUAUGCCGCCCUGACUGCGGUUCUCCGGGAGCAUGUGUAGCUCCUAACAUGUGUCGAUGUGCUGGAGGAGUAGAAGCGCCCUCUUGUGGUGGGGGCGGACUGUACCCGUAUCCAGUUCGGACGCCGGGUGGUUGUCGCCGUAUCUGUAUGAACGGUGGUACUUGCUCAAAUGGUACAUGCUCCUGUGCUCCUGGAUGGAGCGGAGAAUUUUGUACAGAACCCAUUUGUCGGGAGCCGUGUUUACAUGGCGGCAGAUGUAUAGCUCCGGACAGAUGUGUCUGUUUCCAUGGACUCUCAGGGACGAGGUGUGAGAUCGACAGACGAACUGGUCCUUGUUACACGGACACUCGAGGAGCUCUAUGCACGGGAGCUCUCGAAGGUGUAGUGUGUACGAAGCAGCUGUGUUGUGCGACCGUCGGUGUGGCCUGGGGACACCCCUGUGAGCGCUGCGGGGAUCUCGACUGUCCUCAGGGACAUCUUAGGAACCUAGCUACUAAGGAGUGUCAGGAUAUAGAUGAAUGUGCAGCUGUCCCAGGACUUUGUCAGGGUGGUCGGUGUAUCAACUCAAUCGGUUCAUUCUCCUGCGAGUGUCCACCAGGACAGAGACGACACAGAGUCACCAACAACUGUGAGGACAUCGAUGAAUGUGAAGACCCAGACAUUUGUCCCAACGGCAAAUGUGUGAAUACGGAGGGGGAUUACUACUGUCUUUGUAAUCCGCACUUCAUUCCUAGUCCAGACAAGAAAUUCUGUAUAGAUGGUAGAGUGGGCAGCUGUUUCACAUACAUGAGUGAGACAGGUGAAUGUGCUGAUCGUCUACCAAUGCCACUAUCCAACCGAGACUGUUGCUGCGGUUACAAUAUGGGAAGAGCCUGGGGUGACAUGUGUACGCCUUGCCCGCCUAGAGGAUCCACUGAAUGGACUCAUCUGUGUGGUGGCGGUGUGAUCCCACCAAACUGGCGCCGCAAUGUGACUGGCGGUGGUGGGGACGAUGAUGGCUCUGGUGGCUCGUACGAACCACCAGCUAUAGCCAAGAUCAAUGAGUGCAUGCUGAGGAACGGCAUCUGCGGAUUAGGUACCUGUGUGGAUAAGGAUAUUGGGUACCAGUGUGAUUGUUGGGAUGGAGCUGAAUCAGUGGUGCAGGAUGGUAACCCGACAUGUAUCGAUAUCGACGAGUGUGCUCUCGAGUAUUGUAAAGGCGGUACCUGUGUCAAUAAACCUGGUGGAUUUGAGUGCAGAUGUCCUCCUGGAUUCGAUCCAAUUGAAGGUGGACUGAGAUGCAGUGAUAAAAACGAAUGUGAAUCCACACACGGGGGCAUGUGUACCAAUGGAGUAUGUAGAAACAGUGAUGGAGGAUUUGAGUGCGUGUGCAACCCUGGCUACGAGUCGACCGAGACAGGCCACGCCUGUCGUGACGUGGACGAGUGUCGUGACAACCCACGUGUUUGCCGCCGUGGCCGGUGUCGCAAUACACCAGGAUCGUAUGAGUGCGAGUGUGAGCCUGGCUUCUCUAUCACUGCUGGUGGCUACUGUACAGACAUCGAUGAAUGUGCUGAUAAGAGUGUUUGUCAGGGAGGUCGCUGCGUGAACAGUGAAGGAUCAUUCCAGUGUGUAUGCGAAGCAGGAUACCGACCCACUCCUGACCGAGGCGCCUGUAUCGAUGUCAACGAAUGUUCUGAGCAACGUGUCUGCAGGAACGGCCGCUGUCACAACACACCUGGCUCGUUCAGAUGCGAGUGUUUACCUGGGUUUACUCUCAGCAACGAUGGAAGAACUUGUCUUGAUGAGGUUCAAGACUUGUGUUACGAGAAAUUCGAAGAAGGACACUGCACGCUACCGGGACAGAAUCCAGUCACAAGAUCUCAGUGUUGUUGCAGUUCUAGUAAAGGUCUCAAAUUAGGUUGGGGUGUCGCUUGCAAACAGUGUCCUGCACACGGAAGCAAGGAGUAUGACAUCCUUUGUCCCGAAGGCGCGAGUAAGGACAACGGAGGCGCAGACAUCAAUGAGUGUACGAUGAUCCCUGGAAUCUGUCCUCACGGUACCUGCGAGAACUUGGAACCAGGAUACAAGUGCAUUUGUGACCCUGGGUUCCAUCCCGAUGCUGAUGGAAUCUGUAGGGAUAUUGAUGAAUGUGAUAUGCACCAGUCUUAUUGUACGGGCGGCCAGUGCCGCAACACUCUGGGUAGCUUCACGUGCGUAUGCCCAACAGGAACUCGUUACGAACCCGACGAACAAAUCUGCAGAGACAUAGACGAAUGCGAGGGUGAGACUCUUUUCAUCGUCAAGGAAUACGAUCGGGGAGACAUUCCCCCUAUGAUCCCCGUCGGAACAGAACAAUCGAACCCUUGCGACAACGGCCGCUGCAUCAACUCGCACGGCAGCUACGAAUGUGAAUGUGAAAAUGGAUUCGUUCUCGAUGCUACUGCACAACAUUGCAUUGACAAUCGUCGUGGUUCUUGUUGGCGUCGCGUGGUGGAUGGCCAGUGUGAAGCGGCUGCUCUUAGGCCACUACUGCGCCAGGAGUGUUGCUGCAGUGUGGGUCUUGCUUGGGGUUCUCCCUGUGAACCUUGUGAAAUCGAACACUGUCCUUGUCCUAAAGGAUUUGCUAAGUUGGACGGUGCAACAUGUCGUGAUGUAGAUGAGUGCCAGUUGGAUUCUGAGUUGUGUAUCGGCGGCACAUGUAUCAACACUGAUGGCUCCUACAGGUGCGAGUGUCCACCGGGACUGGCACUUGAUACAACUGGCAACCGUUGCGUGGACACACGCCGAGAGUACUGUUACACAGACUUCAUUGGUGGACGCUGCUCCAACCCGCUCCAGAUUGAAGUGCUCAGAGCUGUGUGCUGCUGUUCUUCACUCGGAAAAGCCUGGGGUGAUCACAGAUGUGAACCCUGUCCUAAAAAGGGAACGGAUGCAUACCGUAACUUGUGCAUCGCGGAGGGUACUGGCCAUCCUCCUACUGUCUGGGAUCGUCCCGGGGAUACGUCUGGUAAUGGAACUGCCAUCUGGGGUGGUAACGGCCAUGGCGGCAGCGGUGGUGGAGGUGGAGGUGGAGGAGGCGGACCUGGUGACUAUGAUUGGGGAACUGGAGAAGGAGGAGAGGAUAACUGGGGGAAUAUUACUGGAGACAGUUGGCAUAAAGGUGGACCUGGAGUAAUACCAGGGCAGAUGGAGGUCAAUGAGUGUGCUGCGUUCCCAGGACUCUGUGGACACGGGCGUUGUAGGAACCUCGUCGGAACUUUCACUUGCGACUGCUUCCCUGGUUACGAGAAGGACUCAAAGAACCACACGUGUGUUGAUGUGAACGAGUGUGAGAUAGUGGACGGAGUAUGUGGUGCUGGCGAGUGUCGUAACACUGAGGGAAGCUUCACCUGCCACUGUCACCCAGGACACAAAGCUGAUGACUUCUCUAAAGUAUGCGUUGAUAUCGAUGAGUGUGCUGAAACCCGAGGCUUAUGUCGUGGUGGUCGCUGUAUCAACACACCUGGAUCAUUCCGCUGUGAAUGUGGACCUGGCAUGGAGUUGUCUCCUGAUAGACUGUCUUGUAAAGACGUUGAUGAAUGUUCCAUUACUUCUGGUAUCUGCAGCAAUGGCGCUUGUGAAAAUCUCAUGGGCACAUACCAGUGUGUGUGUGACGAAGGUUAUGCCCAGUCUACCGUCAAAUCCCAUUGUGAAGAUAUAGACGAGUGUACUGAAGAUCCCACUAGAUGUCAGCACGAGUGCGUCAAUACACCGGGCUCUUACCAUUGUACUUGUAGGGAUGGCUGGCAUCUUCGUGCUGACGGUCGCACGUGUCGUGACAUUGAUGAAUGUGGUAAAGGCGCUCGUCCCUGUGGAGGUGGAGAGUGCAGGAAUACUCCUGGAUCUUAUGUCUGUACCUGUUCCGAUGGGCUGCUACCUUCACCUGAUGGAUCUAAACCAACAUGUCAGGAUAUUGACGAGUGUGCUGACGUUCCAGAUCUGUGCGGUGCUGGCGAAUGUCACAAUACAAUCGGUAGCUUUGUGUGCCGCUGUCCCGACGGCUACAGCGUGAAGCCGGAGCAAGGCCCUGCCUGCACUGAUGAUGAUGAAUGUGAACUCGGCACCUGUGACUGCCAUCCUGCUGCUGAUUGUAUCAACUUACCUGGUUCCUUCCAAUGCCGCUGUCGGGACGGAUGGCGAGGUGAUGGAACUGAAUGCGAGGAUAUUGACGAGUGUCUUACCAACAAUGGUGGUUGCCAUCCGCGCGCUACUUGUACCAACACUGACGGAUCCUUCAUGUGUCUCUGUGAUACUGGAUACAAGGGAGAUGGGUAUUCUUGCGUGGAUAUCGACGAGUGUGCCAACGACCCUACCCUGUGUGAGAAUGGACACUGUACCAACACACCUGGUGGGUACGAGUGUGAUUGUGAUGUCGGCUUCACUAAGUCACCUGAUGGAAGGUCUUGUCUUGACAUGGACGAGUGCGCGACAUUCGACAACGUGUGUGUAUUUGGUCGCUGUGUGAACACCUAUGGAAUGUUCAAAUGUAUCUGUGACAAGGGAUACCAGUCUGACAGCAUUGAUGAUCUGAUGCCUGGUUUCAACUGUACUGACGUGGACGAGUGCAAAUCACCACAAUCUUGUCAGUAUGGACAAUGCAUCAACACGCAAGGUUCUUACAUCUGCAGGUGUCCACCUAACUACGAACUGGUCUCUGAUGGAACUGCUUGCUACGACUCGAGAAAGGCGCGCUGUUACGGUAAAGUGGACUUGAAAUCUGGCACGGAACAUUGUCGGGACAGUGACGAGCUGUCUGAAGAUGGCACGAUGGCGGCCUGCUGUUGUUCUGUUGGUGCUGCUUGGGGCAACUACUGCGACUUAUGUCCGGAACCUGGAUCCGAAGCCUAUAGACAACUUUGUCCCGGUGGUCCAGGGUAUCAACCUGUUCUUGAACCUCCAUCAUACGUAGUAACUCUAGCUGAUAUUGAUGAAUGUGCCCAACACCCAGCUCUCUGCGAACAUGGAACAUGUACCAACACAUUCGGAUCUUUUGUGUGCACGUGCGGUGAUGGCUGGCAGCUCACACACGAUGAGCAGCGCUGUGAGGACAUUGACGAGUGUGCCAGGCCUGACAUUUGUGGACCUGGUAUUUGCAGAAACAUGCAAGGAUCCUAUGUGUGCUUGUGUCCUGAAGGUUAUGUGGCCAUGCCUAAUGGAAAGGAGUGUGUGGACGUCCGUCAGCGUCAAUGUUACAUGGACUGGGAACCAGACACUGGUCGCUGCACUGGUGCUGCCGGUGUACCUCAGACUAAAUAUCUGUGUUGCUGCUCCGUUGGUAAAGCCUGGGGAGCACCCUGCGAGCCCUGUCCUGACAAGGGAUCCCAUGAACAUAUGGCGCUCUGCGGAGAGAAACCUGGAGAGUACAUCAACCCUAUGACUAAUGAAACAAAGCCGAUCAACGAGUGUGACAUCAUGCCACAGUUAUGUAAACCUGGUACUUGUCACGACACACCGACUGGGUUCCAAUGUGGAUGUGAUCAUGGUUACGAGCACGACAAUACAUCGCACUUAUGUCGCGAUAUCGACGAGUGUGCACUACACCGCACUCCAUGCCGCGGUCUCGCACAGUGUGUGAACUUGCCUGGAGCGUACGAGUGUCGCUGUCCACCUGGCUACAGGCUCACAGCCUCACUGGAUGAGUGCGAGGAUGUUGACGAGUGCGCAGACGAGAGGCUGUGUGAACAUGGCGAGUGCAGAAACACUAUUGGAUCUUACAGAUGCGACUGUAAACCUGGUUACACACUAAGGGACAACGUCUGCCGUGAUGUAGAUGAGUGCUCGCGUCCUCGACCCAUGUGCCGCAAUGGUACGUGCGAGAACCUGCCCGGAUCCUACAUGUGUCAUUGUGAUGAUGGAUUCAAACCUGGUGCCAACAAUGAUUGUAUCGAUAUCAACGAGUGUCGUGAAGGUGGCAUGGUGUGUCGUAACGGUCGCUGCCGUAACACAGUGGGUUCGUUCCGGUGUGAGUGCGCGCCAGGGUACGCACUGACAGCAGACGCGCGUCACUGUCGUGAUGUAGAUGAGUGCUCCGAGCUGCCACAUCCUUGCGGCAGGGAUGGUGCACCUUCAUGUACCAAUACCAAUGGAGGUUACGAAUGUUCAUGCGGUGCUGGAUGGAGACUCGUAGGCAGACGGUGCGUAGACCGAGAUGAAUGCAAAGAGAUUCAGUACGUUUGUGCUGGUGGCGAGUGUAGGAACUUCAAUGGCGGUUACGUGUGCGACUGUCCUCCCGGUUGGCGAUUCGAUAAAGCAGCUGCUAUCUGUGUGGAUGAACGAAAGGAACUUUGUUAUGAUGAAUGGGACUCAGGUCGAUGCCACCGAGCAAGACCUCUGCAGCUCGGAAGACCCGAGUGUUGCUGUUCUGAAGGUGCUGCUUGGGGUAGAUAUUGCGAACGUUGUCCGGCUCCAGAUUCUCCUGAAUUCUUACGAAUUUGUCAAGGUGGAAUGGGCCGACCAAAUCUUACUCAGGACUUAGAUGAAUGCAAGGUCCGUCCCGACGUUUGUAAGGGUGGUCGCUGUAUCAACACGGAUGGCUCUUUCCGCUGCGAGUGUCCACCGGGCUACACCCUGGAUGAGACGGGACUCGUGUGUGUGGACGCUGACGAAUGUGCUGCUGAUCCCAGGAUCUGUGGCAACGGAACCUGCACCAACACCCCCGGAGGAUACGAGUGUAGAUGUAACUUUGGAUUCACUCAGGGUCCUGAACAGACGUGUGUGGAUAUAGACGAAUGUGCAGAAGGGCGUGCGAUGUGUACAUUCCGUUGUCACAAUACAGCUGGUUCGUUCCGUUGUACGUGUCCCUACGGGUACGCGGUGGCCCCCGACGGAGUACAUUGCAAGGACAUCGACGAGUGCGCACAGGACAACAAAGUGUGUCCCCAUGCUUGUGAAAAUGUUGUCGGUUCUUACAUGUGCAAGUGUCCCGAAGGUUACAGACGCACAUCGUCUCCACAUGACGCACCAGACGCCUGUGAGGAUAUUGAUGAGUGUUCAGAAAACCCAGACCGAUGCUCUCCCGGCGUCUGCAUCAAUACUGAGGGAGGAUUCGUAUGUGACUGUGAUGCAGGAUACCAACCCAGUGAAGAUGGAAUGGCUUGCAUUGAUCAUCGCACUGGUAUGUGUCAUAGAUCCUUAGUAUCUGGUCGAUGUAUGCCGGAGCCGUGGCCACGAGCCAUCGCGUCAACACCUACACCUCCUGCACAUGUCACCAAGGCCCAAUGUUGCUGCACCCUUGGCGUUGCCUGGGGCCCAGAAUGCGAGCUGUGUCCUCAACCUGGUACUCCUGAACGACUCGAACUCUGCUCUCCUAUUAAUUUAGGUCCUGGUAUCGGAGGACCAGGAAAUGGAAUGAUACCUGGUCUCACUGGCGAGAACCACGGUUUGAUUGGAAAUGGUAUAGACAUGUUUGAUGUGGACGAAUGCGCUGCUAUGCCGGGGUUAUGUGCACCUGGCAGAUGUGUCAACACUAUUGGCAGUUUCCGCUGUGUAUGUGGUCGUGGUUACAAGGCAGCUGGCGAUGUUUGCGCAGACGUCGAUGAAUGUAGCGUCAGACCUCCUCCAUGCGAACAACUUUGUAAAAACACUGAAGGUUCCUACGAGUGUCUCUGCAGAACUGGUUAUGAGGUGGACGAAGAUGGAGCCAACUGUAGAGAUGUGGAUGAAUGUGAACGUGGAACACAUACUUGUCAACAGAUCUGUAGCAACACCGAGGGAUCAUACGAGUGUUCUUGUCAAGAUGGAUAUGAAAAGAGGGGUGAUGCGUGUGUUGAUGUAAACGAGUGUCAUGAAGAAGGCUUGUGUCCACCGCCUGGCAAGUGUGUGAACUUGUUGGGUUCGUUCCGCUGCGUAUGUCCACGUGGAUUCCGCCUGGACAUCGCGGGUGCUCGCUGCCUCGACCGAGAUGAAUGUGACGAUGGACGCUGCCAAUCUCCAUGCAGAAAUUAUGCUGGAGGAUACCGCUGUGACUGUCCUGCAGGUACCACUCGAUCAUCAAGCGGUGUGUGCGUGCCACAAGACCCUUGUUCUGCCGGGCCGUGUGGCACGUCGCCAUGCUUUGCCGUGGGUGGAGCAUACCGGUGCGGCUGUCCAUCUGGAUAUGGCUGGGAUGCUGGCCAUGCAGUGUGUCUUCAGUUGGCAGGUGGUUGUGCCACUGCCAGUUGUCUCUACGGAUGCAACUCGUUCGGUGAGUCCUACCAGUGCGGUUGUCCCGCUGGGUACCAGCUGGUGGGCGCAGGACACUGUCUCACAGCGCUGGACGGAGCGCUCCCACCUGAUGAUAUCGGAGAUGCUCCAGUCUUCCCUGUUCGCGAUCAGUACAAGAUUGGCGGUGACAAAGACUUGAUAUCUACCGAAGGUUGCUUCAGUUGUAAGGUGAACGGCCGAAGACGAAGAGCUCCAGAUGAAGCGAUAGUAUACGCUAAUGGCACAAUGAUUGUACGAAAACGGAAAAGGAGAAGUCGACGUCGGCGCUCGUUGCUGGAGCCUGAAGCGGAGCUGAUCGUGGUGUCGGCGACUCCGCAGCAGACGUGGGGCCGCGCGCCGCUGCUGCGCCUGCUGCCGGCCGAGGGCGGCGCGCGCGCACACUACCGCAUCGCCUACGGAGACGACCAGAAAGACUUCGUGCUCUCCAAGCGAGAUGGCACCUGGGCGCUUAGGCUGCGAAGGCAUCUUAAGAGCCAGGCGGCCCUGGAGAGACAACUGGAACUGGAAGCGCGAUUCGUGGCGCCCCCGGUAAGCGUGGCGAGGCGGCGCUCGCGGCGCCAGGCGGCCGAGGUGCCGGCGCCACUGCGACUGUAUGUGUCCGUGCGCGUGGCACCAUUGGCUCGCUGACCGUGACGUCACACGCCGCCUACUACGCUACAGAAAGCGCUACCCUUCCACACACCGACGUAUGCGCAAAUAUCGACGAAAUGUCUCCCUUACCUCGUGCCUUAUAAAAUCGUCGAUAAGUAGUCCAGGGGGCGCUGUCAGUAGCUACUAUUUUGUGUCCAGUAGUGAGACUUGUAAAUAUACUCCUUAUUUAUAACACUGCCAACUUCAACGACUGCCAAUUUGUACGUAAAUUGUUAAAGUUACUAUAAAAUUAAUUGAUUUGUCGAAUAUAUCGCUAAGGUUCCCCGAUUGGAAUGUAUCGAUGAAGUCUCACUACACAAUUGAAAUUAAUUGAUGUGUCAUCGAAAUGAUAGACUGGUUCUGUUUAAUGUGUGACUAAAUAUUAUGUGUCGACGGAAUUGUUGUGUUUUGAUGUUCAUGUGAGAAUCGACUCAGUUAUUGCGAUUAUUUUGAUAAAGUUUUAUAAUUUUCAAUAUGGCCGUCCCCACAAAAUAUUUGCCGCAUGUUUCCAUCGGGUCGGGCCGGGUCGACUCGGUCGGCCUCGUCGGCAGUAUUAAAUAAUUUGUGUGAGAUUGAAUGCAUAAUACGUAGUUAGUUGACGAUUAUACCGAUCGACGUAAUAUCGAUGUUUUGUUAUGGAAAUAGAAUCGAUAAUUUUGUAAUAUUAACAAUACAUCACUAGUUCAUUUGCCAUUUAUAUGAAAGUCAGUGAGUAGUUUAUUCUCAUUAUCAUAAUCGAACUAAUCAUCAUUUAUUUAAGGUCUUAUUUCUUCAACUCUAUUUAUUAAAUCAAAGUAAUUUUCGGUACCACAAGCAUUUUUAAACAUUAUUUUGUGUAUCAAACGAUAUUAUUACUUUAUGUAAUAAAGCAAUCAUAACAUAUUGUACCUAUUUGUAAUUGACAUUUACGUAAGAAAGAAGACUUUAAAUAAUUACCUCCCUAUUUAUUUUUUUAUAUUCAAUCUGAAAUGUUAACGAGUUACAUCCAGUAAUGGUUGUAUGAUGCUACAAAGUGAUUGUGAAAUAUUUUAACUUUGACCCUUUUAAUUUCUUCUAUUAAAAGUACAAAAAUCAAUGCAAUAGUCUUGUUUGUAAAUAUGUGUAUACAAUGUUAAAAUUAAUAUAAAAUAUUUAGUUGCGUUAGUUAGUAAUAUCAUAAGAACUAUUUUUAUUUUAACUUAGAUUUAAGGUGAAAUGGAUCAAAACGAAAUUAAUAAAUUUUUAA